AUGAUGAUGCUGCUGAUCCGAAGCUGCAACCAACGGUGUGCACUGGCUGUACAGCGACAACCAGCCAGACGGGUCGCAUCUCUUGCUUCCUCACAGCGCAAAGCGGCGUAUGUUCGCAAACGAGCUCAAAUCAAGUGUCAAGCGCCACCAUCUAUUGCCAGCAUUCCAGCCGAGCCAUCAGACCCCAUUGGCAAUGCAGGAGCCUAUAUCCGAGCCAUUGGUUGUUCUCGACGCGUCUACUUGAAAAACACGUACUUGACUGCCGAAGAAAUCGAAGGAUUGGCGUAUCGAGUGCGAGUCUUGUCGAGCAAUGAGUUUCUGAAUUCGGUACUCAUCUCCUCCACCGACGAUGACGACCCCGAACAGACGCAAGGGCUCGAUAAAGAGAUUGACAUGUAUGCUGGUGGCGACAUUCUUGAUGGGUACUUGUUUGAUCCCAAACCGGGUCAUGUCUUGCAUGCCGUGGGAGGAUACGAUCCCUUGGCACUUUUCAAAUCGGGCAAGCACAAAGAUGCUGCCGCUGUGGCUUCCUUGUUGGAUUCCGUCUCGGAUUUGGCACUGGCGACUCUGGGACAUGCCAGAAAGAGCAAGGUCCCAGUCAUUACCAUUCCUCAUGGAUCCGUUACCGAUAGUGGAUAUGCCUUGUGUCUGUCGACGUACAUGUGCGCCACCGAACAAACCCAUUUCAGAAUCUUGAACCCAUCGCGUGGAUUGACAUUUGAUCCAGUCGGAUUCUCCUACAUUCUGCCCAAAUUGAGACAAGAGUUUCAUCAACAAUCAUCUUCGUCGUACGGAAAGAGUUGUGGAUACAUUCUGGCUCUCAUGGGGUACGAAGCAACACCACAAGACAUGAUGGAGACUGGACUGGCCUCACAUUACUUGGAGAAUCCAAUGGCCAUCAUGGGGACCUUGGAACGGACGCUGUCACUACUGCCCCCCUGGAACCAACAGCAAUGUGUCAAGAAUCCUGUUGUCAUGGAGGGUGACAGCCAGAAAAACUAUUAUCGAAACCCGGAAGAUGUGCCCGAUUACAAUCUUCCGUUUCGCAACGUUCAAGUGGCCAGCACCAUGCAGGCAUUUGCCGAGUACAAGGCCGAUGGCCAUGCUCCUUACACAUAUGAUACCAAGGAUGACGAAUGCUUUCCAGCAGCUUUUGACCUGGAACCGCUGCCAUGGGAUGUCGCUCGAGAAAGCGAUUUGGUCAAUUAUGCCGCUACUUUUGAUGAGAUCUUUCAGCAAGAAAACACGGUGGAAGGCUUGAUCGAAGCAUUCCGAGAAAUUGGUGAACGAGGGACGCAAGAUCCGGAGGAGCAAGAGGGUAUUGAUGUCGCAGCGGACUUUGUGCGACGAUUAGAGGCACAGGCUCCACUGGCGUUGCGGGUCACACACAAACUGCUAAAGUUGGGACAAGGUCCUACGGAAACCAUCCAAUCUUGCAUGGAACGAGAAAAGAAUGCCCAAAUGAAACUCAUGACGAUGCCAGAUUUCCACAACUGGGGCAAAGCACAGCUCACUGGCGGUAAGGCAAGCAAGCUCAUGUCAUGGCAACAUCGAAGUGUGGCGGAUGUCACGGAAGAUGAGGUUUCAGAAGUCAUUGGAUUGCAUUAA